CGGCGACGUUGACGCAGUGCGCCUGCUCGCUGUUCACCACAUUCCCGACCAUCUCUCGGUCACUGUCUGCUAUUGUCGCGUCGCGCAUGUUACGUGCUCUGCCUGUCUCGAGGGCAGUGGGGGCGCCCGCGGGAAGGGCGUCGGUUCGGGUCGUCCGCCGACGGUUCGCGACAGAACCGGCCCCUGCGCCGCCAAAGAAAAAGAAAAGCAUCGUCAGGCGGCUCGUGCUCUACUCCGCUGCUGGAGUCUCUACAUACUACGUCGGCAGCGCGUUCGUCUCGUUCCAGGUCCCGGCCUACCGUGAUUUCUUCGUCGAGCAAGUCCCCCUCGGCGCGUCGUUCCUGCAGUAUGCUGAGGACCACGAAUGGGACACCCUCACCAUCAACGACGUGUUGGACUCGGGCAAGAAUGCGAUAGUCAUGUCCCGUGAGUACUUCGACAAACUCAUGGCCCAGCUCGACCCGGAGAAGGCGAAGGAGGCCCUCGAGAAGACGAAGGCAUCUGCGUCACAGGCCGCCGAGGACACUCGCGAGAGGUUGAAAUCCAUGUCUAAGAACGUCAAGACCUCGGUAGAGAAGAGCCAGGGCAAGGUGCAUGAUCAGGGUGCGAAGGCUGCAGCCAUCGCGAAACACCAGUCCGUGCAGUUCUCUGAGGGCGUCGAGGAUCUCAUCCGCAAGGCCGAAGCUGCGCUGGCGGACAAGUCUGCGGUCACCAAUCUCCCCGAUGCAACCACCACUCCUGAGCAACCCGCGGGGUCACCGCCAGACGCGACUCCCCCGCACGACAAUGCCACGGAGGAGACGUCGGUGCGUUCGAACGUCUACAACGCACCGUUGCCCGUGGGCUUCGAACCUCCACCCGGCUACUCUCGCCCCGCACCUCCCAAGCCUGCGCCCAAGGCCAAACCAGAAUCUUCUGAGAAGAAGAGCGAACCCGCGCCUCCGCCUGCGCCGCUCCCACUCAUUGCACCUGCUGUAGCGGAGCUCGGUGGAUCUGAACCGGUCAUUGCUCAACUCGCCACGGUCAUCGACGACCUUGCGUCGUACCUCAACACAAACCCGACUGCAGCGGACAAGGCACGCGACAUCCUCGACACUGCUAAGAUCGACCUCACGCAGCUCGCAACCCGCUUCGACGAGGUCCGGGAGACGGAGCGUAAGAAGCUCGAGGCUUCUCUCGACGAGCAGGCGCGCGAGUGCAUGCAGUCGCUCAUGGAGCUCGAGAUGUCGGCACAGGACAAGCUCGACACCCAGGAGGAGAGCUUCAAGAAGUUCUUUGAGCAGGAGCGCGCGAAGAUGAUUCAGGAGUACCGCCAGAAGCUCAACUCCGAGCUGCAGACCCAGAGCGAAAUCAUCAACGAGCGCCUACGUAACGAGGUCGUCGCGCAGGGUAUCGAGCUCCAACGUCGCUGGAUUCGCGAAAUUAAGGUUCGCGUCGAGCAGGAGCGUGGUGGCCGCCUUGCGAAGCUAGACGAGAUCGCGACGAGCCUCAAGCGCCUAGAACGUGUCGCGCUCGACAACUCCUCUUACCUUGACGAGAACAUCCGCGUGCACGCCCUGUGGUCCGCUCUCCGCGCCGUUCAUCACACCAUCGACGCGUCUGAGCGCAAGCCGUUCCGGGAGGAGCUGCGGGCGCUCCGUCACGUCGCCGCAGCACGUGAGGACCCCGUCGUUGCUGCCGCGCUGGAGACUCUCGAGGCGUCGGAGGUGCCCGACAUCGGUGUUGAGCCGCUUGCGGAUCUCACGACGUGGUUUACGUCGUCCGUCGCACCCCGCGUGUCGAGUGUCGCUCUGGUUCCCGACCAGAAUGCCGGCGUGCUCUCAUACCUUGCGUCCAACCUGUUCUCGUCGUUCCGCUUCCAGCGUCAUGGCCUGGUCGAGGGCUCCGACGUGCUGAGUGUACUCGCGAGGGCGGAGCACCAUCUCAACGAGAAAGACCUUGAUAGCGCGGCGCGGGAGCUCAACCAACUCAAGGGCCCUGCGAAGACUUUGCUUAGCGACUGGCUCGAUGCUGCGAGGAGGCGCCUGGAGGUGCUGCAGGCAUUGCAGGUUGUCGAGACGGAAGCGACACUUGCUUCCCUCUUGGUUGUACAGGACUAGAUUCUACAUAAUAUCCGUAGUAGAUUACAACACUGCAUCUCUUCCUGCGUGCGUCUGGACCAGUCCGCUGGUAAAUUAUGCUUACAACACGCUCAAUUCGUCACCAACGGCCAAUGGGUAGAUUAUAAGUGGUGGCAUGCAUUUUUGAUAAAGCGCAUCCAGUGUUAGCGUGGUCCGACAGUACUUGCAACUCCGGGCUCUCAGUUCAAAUCCACGUCGACUGUUCUUGC